AUGCAGUGCCCUGACUCAGAGGUUGUAGGCACCCGUUUUUUCUGCUGCUCCUGCUACUGCUGUUGCUGCCUUCUCGUGCUGGUAGGCGAGCCCUUCAAGGAGCUUCAAGACUCACUGACUCUACGGGCGGGCGUCCAAGUGCAUGACAUUGUGCUCAUUUUCUUGUCCACGUUUGUGUCAGUAUGUUUGUGCGUGUGUGUGUGUUUGUGUGUGUGCGUACACAAAGACAGUGGCGCUUUGCGCCCAACGCAAAAAAGGCUUCCACAUAGCGGCGUUGAUGCAGAGGUGAAAGCGAGUAGCUACUACACUCCUGCUGCUAGGGCCGGUAUGGCACCGAAUGUUCUUGCAUUCUGCCGAGGCUAUGAUUCAUGGUCGCUAUGGGACAACGCUAAAAACGGCCCUAUUUGCACAGCCUCGCUGGCUCACAACACACACGAGGCUGGCCACGGUCACGAGGCAGAGUUGUUUGUAUUCAUGAGACGAUCGCUUGUUCGAAGACCGUCGGGCCGGUUCCCUCUGGUCUGUGUCCACUUGUUGACCGCUCCCUGGGCUGGUUGUCGAGGCGAGAGGAGAGUUGGUUGGGCGUCUCUGAUCUACCCAUUAAUAGGUACCAACAAGCCGGCUUGGCAAGGCCUCGGUUGGGUCGGUUGGCAAGCCAGCUACACUUGUUCCCCGGCCGACGACGGACGAGGCGUCUGCGAGGCAGCAAACUGUGUUAGCUGCUGCUUUGAGUCUGUACUGGUGUCUGGUGCCGAGCAUGGUCGGCUGGGUCAGCUCAGAAGUUAG